ACGGCGACCAGGAUCUUCAUCGAUCGAUCCAUCCAUUUCCUCUUCCUUGCUCGAUCGGACCGUGCGCACCUUAGUUCAUCGUCUCUUCUGCCAUGGCUACCGCCAGUUUCUUGAUCUUGGUUGCCGCGGCGAGCCUCCUAGCCAGCUUUGCGCAGGCCGAUUUGCAGUAUGGUUACUACAACACGACGUGCCCGGGCGUGGAGGAGCUUGUGCGCACCGAGCUUGAGGCCAUCUUCGCCGACGACUCCACCCUCCGCGCCGGCCUCCUCCGCCUCCACUUCCACGACUGCUUCGUCCUGGGCUGCGACGCUUCCCUCAUGCUCAACUCCCACAACGGCACCGCUGAGAAGCACGCCGACCCCAACCUCACCGUGCGCGGCUACGAGGCCAUCGAGGCUAUCAAAAAGGUGGUGGAGAAAGCAUGCCCCCUCGUCGUCUCCUGCGCCGACAUCAUGGCCAUGGCCGCGCGUGACGCCGUCAAUCUUAGCGCUGGGCCAUACUACGAGGUGGAGACUGGCCGCCGCGACGGGAACAUCUCCAAGUUGGUGGAGGCCCUCACCAACCUGCCACCGGCCGACGGGAACGUCACCGUGCUCACCCAGUACUUCGCGGUCAAGAAUCUCACCAUGAAGGACAUGGUCGUCCUCUCCGCGGCCCACACGAUUGGAGUGACGCACUGCUCCUCCUUCUCGAAGCGGCUCUACAACUUCACUGGAGCCGGCGACCAGGACCCCUCGCUGGAUCCGGCGUACGGGAAGACGCUGAGGACCAAGUGCCCAACGGACAAGAUGGCAAGCGUGGUGCCCAUGGACGAUGUGACCGUGGACAAGUUCGACCAGGGAUACUACGAGUCCGUGUACAAUCACCGGGCGGUGCUGCGCUCCGACGCCGCGCUGUUGGACGACAGCCUCACGGGCGCCUACGUCGCCCUCAUGAACAACGCGUCCUCUUUCGACAUCUUCUUCGCCGACUUCGCUGUCGCCAUGAUCAACAUGGGCAGGGUCGGCGUCCUCACCGGCACCCAAGGCGAGAUCAGAGAGACCUGCGGCGUCUACGUCGACUGAUCAAUCGUGAAUCCAAAUUCAAUCUGACAAUUUGGUCUCACCGAUCGACUGUGAUUUGCUACUCGAUCGGAAUUUAUUUCUACAGGCAGGGUGCUUGACUGUUUGCCCAUAUAUGAGCUGAUGGCUACGCAUAUGCACCACAAGUUUUUUCGAUUGUAACAUUUUCCCUUGAAGUUUUGAGAAGUUCAUUGGUUGGUUCUCAUGUAGUACUACUUUAUUUUCUUGCUUCAAAAUUUUGUGGCUAUUAACUAUUUCAUUGAUACUACUAAAUCUUAAGGGGAUUGUUUGAAUUU